CGCAGGGUCGAAGAUAAGGGCAGGAUAAGCGAUAAGAGCGGCCCCUCCCACGCACCGCGUCCGUACGCGUUGGUCGGGAACACCGGUGACGCCGGGAAAUGUCUCCGGAAGAUUUCUCCAGCAAGACAGAGGGCAUUCGGCGUGCCUUUCCGGCGUGCUCUGGAUGGCAGCGCUCGUGUUAACUUUUGUGCGCUCGUCGUUUGCGGCUUCUACGCGUUCCCUGCGACGUCCGGUUUUUAGGCCGUUCGCCUGCAGUCUGCACGCCGCAUCAGCUGCACGGAUUAUCGUGGUCGUAUGCGUCGGCGUCUUUAUUGCAGCUGUAAACGCAUCUGGGCCACAAAAUGGACGCAGCGACAAGGCUGAUUGUUAUUUGCUGUUUUCUGUUGACCGGAUAUUCUUUGACGCCAGCGUCAGCAGACAAUCCCGGUGGACGUCGUAGCUACGGAGAUGAACUUAACAAAGACAGACAGCAGGUCUCCGAAGUCAACUUCGUGGACCAGGGACAGCCGGCCACGUUCAUCUGUUCGGCAGUCAGUUCCAAGGCCAUGAACGUGUCGUGGACUCACAACGGUACCCUGCUCCAAGUGGCACCAGGGCCACACGGAGAUGAAGCAACGGGAAUCGCUGGCGAUUUAUCGGUGGUCACCCGCCACGAGCCCCUCAAGUCGCCGCCCGGUGGGGUGUUGAAAACGCUCACCCGGAGCCAGCUGCGUCUCCAUCGCGUGUCACCCGACGACGCGGGGGUGUACGGCUGCGAGUUCAGCGAUCACCAUGGAAGCCUUUCUCGGAGCAGCCGUCUUAUCGUAAAACCCAUGAACGUGACCAUAGAGACUUGCCUUGAGGGGCGCAGUUGCCUGGGAGCCCAGAAGCUGUGCAACGUCAGUACCCUGAGGUGUCAGUGCAGGCCUGGCUACUCCACCAGCCCACGAGACCCAGCAGUGUGCGUACCUGAAAACACUCUGCGGAGGGGACAAGGCCAGGGCGAACCAUGUAACUCUUCCAUACCAUGUUCCAAGGCCCGUGCCGAAUGCAACAAGCCUGGUCAAUGCUUGUGCGCACUGGGCACUGUAUGGCGAGCCGGUUCAUGUGCUCAAGACAAGUUCCGGUUGGUGUCUUGGCUCAUUUGGGUUGUCGCUUCGGCGGCCGUCAUCGCUGCAAUACUGGUUGCUGCCAAGGUUACAGCGCUCAUAUUGAGGAAAAGGAAUUACAGGAGGGGCAACCUGUUGAGCGUGACCGACGACUCCGCAGUCUCGGAAGACGACGGGAAUGACGGCGGUGACCACAUCCAAGUGCGACUUCCCGAUCAUCCGGACCAUCAAAGUGCCUCCACAUCUUAGCUGUGACUCACGCUCAAGAUGCCGUCCCGCCGAUGUAAAGUUGAGAGAAAAAAAUAUAUGAUAUUAUUUAAGGACA